GAUCCACACACAGUCAGCUGCUGCUAACCAGCAGAGAAGCCCGAACCAACGAGUUAGCUUCCCACCACCACGCCGAACACUAUCUGGUUAUCUCGCUAUGGUCUGGUUACCGUCUCUGUCUUCGGUAUGUAUUGUUUAGUUACCAUGUUGUUGAAAUAAACACGUGAAGCCAUUUUUGAGACUGUAUUUAUCUCAAGAUAUCUUAAGCCCGUCAGCGUUAUCGUUAACCAGCUAAUAGCUAGCUCGUGCUACUACUCAAACCCGGGGUGUUGUGUCGUAGAAUGCACCCCUGCUGUAGAAUGCAUCCCCUGGCGGGAGCGCGGUUUAAAGUACUUAAAAAGGCGAAAUAAUCCAAGUUUCCUUUACCGUUGGAUGGAUUUAAAAGCGUGUGUCUUAAAUAAUUUCAUUUAGGCUAUUCAGAUAAGCCGAAAACAAUAGCGAAAAUAUAACAUUCUGUACCUUGACAGCUUACUGUACAGUUUACAUACACAAGUACACCUUUAUGUGUGCAUUUUUAGACACAUAAAAACAGAACUAAAGUUUGCUGCUCUAUUUGACAUGUGUCAUGAUCCAAUACUCGUGUCUUUUUUAUAUGAGAUCAUUUUCUUCCAGUUUAAGGAGCUUAUGAGUGGAUGGGGUGAAGGGGAUGCCUUCGACGGCAGGGGUGCAGUCUACGCCACAACACCGGCUGGCUAGUUCUAACCGUUAUCGGACGUUGGCUGUGAUUUUAAACCAAAUAUCGAAAACUACCAUCCGGGUAUCACUGAUUUUAACCAACGCUAUUCACAGACACAGCAAAUCACAAACAGUGGGAUGUUACUAUUGUCUUUUACUGAUAAGAUUGAGCUGGAAUAUUCAGUUGCUAACUAAAUAGCCGGAGCCGGUUUCAUUUCUAACGUUUGUAGGAAGUGAGAAUUUGGAGUUGUCGUGGGUUAAACCUCUGUGUUUUCGCGAUUAAAACAGAGUUUUUGCACCCAGUUUAUGUAUCACUUGUCGUUUCUGUCGUCUUAAAGUGUCAAAACUAAAGUGAGAAAAACUUGAUUUAUUCCAAGUGGGGGAUUUUGGUCUUUAAGUCGCUCCAGGAACACACACUUUAAUCAAAUGAAAGAUCUAAACCUGAAGACACAGAUGUAAAUAAUGGGUAAAAUCUCAAUUGUGUGUGCAGAAAGAAUGAAAAAAGAAAGGAAUAAGUACCACUGAGGUAUUGCUGUGAGUAUGCAUCAGAUAUAUAGGAGUAUGAGAUAGUGGGUUUAACUGCGUUGAUGGAUGCCCCUUUGGUCGUGAUCUGUUGUCAUGCCAUGUUUUCCCAACAUGUCCUCAGGUUUCCAGAUUGCGCACAACAGGUUAUCGCACCUUCUCCUGCCAUAGACCUCUCAACAAGUGGAAAUAGCGCUGAAUCUUGCCGGGCCUGAGAGAGCAUGAAUUGGAUAUUUGUAGAUCCGAGUCUCGCUCUGUUGCCUGUUGCGAAGGGAGAAAGGGAAGACCUCUGAUUUGACGAGAUAUGAGUUAGAGAUGCGAUAUAAUGCAGCCAGCUGGGAGUCAUCCUGCUUCAGCGCUUGCAUCUGAUAUGAGCAGGGUCGGAAAGAUUUUUGUUGCACUCCAGGGAGGUCGGUUUGGCCGAGUCUGCUAUCUCACCGAGAUCCUGAUAUGAGGCUGAGGUUUUACAUCAUUGCUUAUACGCUGCAGUGAUGGACUCAGACAGAAAGAAUCAUCGCCUUGAGACAACAUUAUUGCAAGCCAUAAUACACCUCCCUGUGAAACAUUUGAAAGGACGUUUGUAUUCAGGACGAGUCUCAGCUUGUGGCAGUCAAGUGUGAAGUGAGACAGACUCUUGUUGGUAUGUUAGAGUGAAUUUUUCCCCCAAUGCUGCUACGUGUGAGACUGCGCCGGUGGCUUGAGAAAGAAUGGGAAACAAUGGCAGUAAAACUGAUACAGCAUUUGCAUUCAUUGUGGAGGAGAAAGACGGUAAUCAGAAGAAGAUGCGGCACAGAGACAACAUUGUGCAUCGUCAUUUCAAAUCUGAUACCAAUUCUUUCUCUUCACAAUAGUUCAAAACCCUGAGAAUGAAAUGUUGAAUACUACACCCAGGACGAUGAAGCUUGUAAACAAUGACAAAGUAUCAUAUGACUUUUCUUUUGCCAGUUAACUGUGAAGAAGACAAGAUUUCAUGGGGACACAGGGAGAGUUAGAAGGAACGUAAGAGGGGUGGUUAUAAAAAUAACUCAGGGGAAGUACAGUUUCACAGACAGACCACAGCUGGGUGUGUUCUAGAGGAGAAAGGAGCUGUUACUUUCAGCCUCUUCAACAAGUUCUUGUUGCUUCAAAAAAUAGCUCCAUUUCGCUAUGCCAAAACCUCAUGUCGAAAUCAAAGGCGUGUUAAUAUUAAAACGUGUUUUUCAUGCAAGGAUUUUAAUCAAGAUUUGUGGUAAUUUCCUGUAAUACCCUGAAAUAUGUCCGGCGGGUGUUGGGUUAUUUUUAAACCAGAGUGGAAAAACGUUUUCCCUCGCCUGCUGAACUGAAAAUACAGGGGUUGGACAAUGAAACUAAAACGCCUGGUUUUAGACCACAGUAAUUAAUUAGUUUGGUGUAGGGCCUCCUUUUGUGGCCAAUACAGCAUCAAUUCAUCUUGGGAAUGACAGAUACAAGUCCUGCACAAUGGCCAGAGAGAUUUUGAGCCAUUCUUUGUGAUGUUGGCGGAGGAAAACGUUUCCUGACUCAAAGAUAUUUAGAUCUGGUGACUGUGCAGGCCAUGGGAGAUGUUCAACUUCACUUUCAUGUUCAUCAAACCACUCUGUCACCAGUCGUGCUGUGUGUAUUGAUGCAUUAUCAUCCUGAUACAUGGAACCGCCUUCAGGAUACAGUGUUCAAACCAUUGGGUGCAUAUGGUCCCCCAGAAUGGUUCGGUAGAUCCUUGGCAGUGAUGUGCCCAUCUAGCACAAGUAUUGGGCCUAGGGAAUUCCAUGAUAUUGUAGCCCAAACCAUUGCCGAUCCACCCCCAUGUUUCACUCUGGGCAUGCAACAGUCUGGUUGGUAUGCUUCUUUGGGGCUUCUCCCGUAAUUCUCCCAGAUGUGGGAAAGACAGUAAAGGUGGACUCAUCAGAGAACAAUACAUAUUUCAAAUUGUCCACAUCCCAAGAUUUUUGCUGUUGGCACCAUUGAAACCAACAUUUGGCAUUGGCACAAGUGACCAAAGCUUUGGCUACAGCAGCUCGGUCGUGUAUAUUGACCCUGUGGAGCUCCCGACAGACAGUUUGACUUCACUGAGUUGGGCAGCUGUGGUUUCAUGUUUUUUGCAUACAAUCCAGGUUAGCACCCGGACAUCCCUUUCAGACAGCUUCCUCUUGCGUCCACAUUUACUCCUGUUGGGUGUGGUUCGUCCUUCUUGGUGGUAUGCUGACAUUCAAUUUUGAUACAUCACAAAGACUUGCUGUUUUGGUGCGCCAGCAAGACGUGCACUGGUGUUGUUUUCGUUGACGAUGACGUUGACAAUAAUAUUUCGUCAACAUCAUCAUCAACGAAAACAACACUGCAGAAUAUAUGUUUAGCAUUUGACGGACGAAAUGCUCAUAAAUUUUGCAACUGUUUGUUGUCCACCACUAACGUUUUCGUCUAGUCUUCUCUUGUCAACGUAAACGCACAUUCGUCUCGUCACAUUUUAGUCAUCUAAGACUUAUGUUUAGCUCGUCAACGUCACGUCUUCGGCAUGGAAAAAAAAGGGGAACACAACACUGACGUGCACCAACAAUUUGCCCUCUUUUGAACUCUGAUAUGUCACCCAUAAUAUUGUGUGCAUAGCAAAACUGCUAUUACUCUGCUAAUUGAACCUUCACUCUCUGCUCUUCCUGGUGCAAAGUGCAAUCAAUGAAGAUUGGCCACCAUGCUGGUCAAAUUCAACCAUGAAACCUCCAACACUAAAUUGGCAGGUGUUUCAGUUUCAUCGUCCAACCCCUGUAACUCUUUCUGCCAAAUUGUUUUACCAGCUUGUUUUGUGUUUUGCAGGCUAUCAUGAGGUGGUGACCCCAAGUCGGCCAGGCCAUGAGAUGAUUGCUGCUUGGCGUGGGGAAAAGACAAGAGAGCGAAGUGAUUGAGAAAGAAGAAUGGGCAGGAGAGUCUGGGGCUGCUGGCAAAAUGUCUUCUCCACCGCGGUUCUCUACGGCUCUUUGGCCUUGUUUACCUCCAUCCUCCACAAUGUGUUCCUCCUCUACUAUGUGCAGACGUUUGUGUCAGUCUACAAGAUUGAUAAAGUCUCCUUCUGGGUUGGAGAGGUGAGUCAUCCAGCAUCUCUGUUUGUAGCCAAGUCACCUGAACUCGCAAAAUAAAUUUGUGACUUUUAGACUGGGCUUGAAAUAACUUACCGUCUUUGUGUUCUUAUGAGUCAGGGAUGUUUUCACAGGCGAGGUGAUGGUCCUUCUAACCGCUAAUGAUAGUUUAGCCUCAGUCAGAAAUAACACAGAUGUAUGAAAGUUGCUUUUUCAGAUGUAAAUCUUUCACGGUUUUCUUACUUGGCUCCUCUGCUGCUCCACAGACGGUCUUCCUGAUAUGGAACAGUCUGAACGACCCUCUCUUUGGCUGGCUGAGUGAUCGCUCUUUCCUCAGCUCUCCUCAGUAAGUAUCUCCCAGUCCUUUCCCUUCUUUUCUUUUGAAUUUGAAUGAAUAAGUGAUAGUAAUAAGGAGUAAAUAAGCAAGAAAAUAGAUGUUUUUUAAUUGGAUUUGAUGGCUAUCGAGAGAGAAAUACAGAAAAGACAUUUUGAUCAACUCCAGAAUACAUAAUUCUGCUCUAUUUAAACACAUGCAAACUUCUCAAGAUAAAAUAACUCAUUCAGAGGAUCCAGACCUUCCUAUUUUCACAUCCCCUUUAGAAAGAGGUACUACAGAAACAGAACCAACAGAAAAAGUCGCUUUCUUCUUUAAAGAGAGUUUCCACCAGCAGUUUCUGUUCAUGGCCUUUUUGCUACUUCUCUUGUGGAAGGAAAUGCAAAUUUUGAGACUCGUGGCAUCUCAAGUUGGACUUACUUUACCCUCAUACAAACAGGUUUGAAUCCAAGGAAACAAAUCCUUAUUACGACAUCCUUGCGCCUCCCGUCUGUCAGUCAGUGUGUCGUCUCCUACGUCUGUUGUCUCUGCACACAUUCGUCUCGUAAAUCCCAUGACAGAGAUAUUUCAUUGUACACAAACGCUCAUGCGCAUGUGCCAAUGUGUAUUAGUUGAUAAGCUUUGGCAAAGCUUGUAAACCGUCGUUAACACGUCAUUGGGACAAGCAUUGUCAACACACACCUGGCAACUGUAUUUGACUUUCAUGAUAAUAAAAACUGCAGCACUGUUGACAGAACUGACUUCAUCAUGUUGUACCGUGGAAACCUUUCUUGGGUGUAUUAUCAUUUAAGCUUUCAUAAGAUUUUGUCAGACAACAGUAAAGUGUCCCACCUCCUCAUUUACUUGAGUGUUUGUCCUUUUAGAGAUAAUUGCAGUGUGAUCUAUCAACCUCUUCAGUUUGAGUUAAUUAUUUACAGAGGGGCUUUCCCGGUUUACAUAACCCGUCAAGAGUGACCUAACCCUACCUUAAUUUGCAUAUUAUCACAAAACUUGAUGUGUAACUAACAACUGCUGUUUUUUUUUUGUUGUGUCUGUGUGUGUUUUGUUGUUUUCACAUCUUAGAUCAGGCUCCCAGAUCACAUCUCCAGAGGUGGUGCUAAAGCGCCUGAAGGCCCUCUCCACAAAUGGCCCCUUCUUCUCCCUGUCCUUCCUGGCGUUCUGGGUGGCCUGGGCCAGCCCCGGACUGCAGUUCCUGCUGUGCCUGUGUCUGUACGACGGUUUCCUCACCAUGGUGGACCUCCACCACAGCGCCCUGCUGGCCGAUCUCGCCGUGUCGGCCGCCGACCGCACGCGCCUCAACUUCCACUGCUCUGUGUUCAGCGCUCUGGGCUCCUUCUCGGUUUUCUUGUCCUACUCCUUCUGGGACAAGGACAAUUUCUACUCCUUCCGUCUCUUCUGUGUGACUCUGGCAGCUUUUUCCAUCUUGGGCUUUUUCUUUGUGUCACGGUUGUUGCGGCGCCGGUUCCAAAAGGAAGUCCUCCCCAAGCUGGAUGAGGCACAGACACUCAAAGAGUAAGGAUUGUCCCCUUAAACUUGCACUGAGAUGUUGUUGGACUCAAGUGUUUCUUUUUUUCUUCUUGUCUUCUUUCUCACUCCUGUCUUGUUUUCUUUUGCACUGGCUCAGGCUGAGUGUUGGCCACGCUCCACUGACCCACCCAGAAAAACCUGUCACCAUCGGACAGUAUAUCAAGCAGCUCUCCCAACACAAGAACUUCUUGUGGUUUGUGUCCAUGAACCUCAUUCAGGUAAGAAACAAAAGUAUAACAUCGAAACAUCUUACUUAGUGCUGGAUUUUAUAGAUAAAGUCAAAGCGUGCUUGUUAUCAGACACUUUUUUUCAGUCUGCAGUUGCUACGACACGACCAUGUUUGCUCAAGACUAUUUGGUGAAUUUUGUCGUUUCCUCUCUCGUUCCCUCAGGUGUUUCACUGCCAUUUUAACAGCAACUUCUUCCCUCUUUUCCUGGAACAUCUCCUGUCUGAUAACAUCUCUGCCUCUACAGGUUCAAUCCUUUUAGGUAGGAUCCUUCUCACAACAAUUAAUCCACACAUUUAAGUCUGCUUAUUUCACUAUUUUUAGGAGAUAUCAAAAUUUGACCACAAGAUAUUUGUUAUACCAGAAUUCAAAGUGAUUUGUCUAAGGUGGCAAACACAGAUCGGAGGUUUUAAAACACCAGCAGCAUGCAAACUGGUGACAUAAAAGGUUUUUUAUAGUCCAAGAACUUUUUUUGCAAAUAAAAAAAGUUGUAAUUAAAUCCUAAACUUGAGUAGAAUCUCAGAAAGUCGAAUCCCUGAAUCUUUCGUAUCUUGUUUCAGUUAAUUUUGCUGAUGUAUUUUUAUAAUUUUUUUUUGUUCAAGUCUAAUUUCUGCCCGUCAGUCUUUUAUUUUUCUGCUUUGCUUCCACGCAGGGAUCUCUUACGUUGCCCCCCACCUGAACAACUUGUAUUUCCUGACACUGUGCCAGCGUUUCGGGGUUUACCAGGUUAUCCGCUGGCUAUUUAUGCUCAAACUGGGACUUAGUGUGGCUAUGCUGCUGGCAGGGGCUGACCACAUUUAUCUGCUGUGCAUCUUCAUUGCUAGGUACGGCCCACGCACACACACCGGCAGCACACACAUCAGAGAUCAGAUGUGUGACAGCUUUAGCGUUUUCAUUUGCUUGUUUUAAUUUUUCACCAUGUGUAAAAAAUGAAUACACAAACACACUGCUGUACAACUCAACGACAAGCGUAUCCGCUUUGUGUCUGUGAUUCAUUAGGACACGUCAGUGACUUUUCCCAUCACUGCCUGUUCCCGACGGUUAAGUCAACAUUUGUCACAAAUUGUGUCCAAAUACUGGGUUAUCUUUCUUGGCUCAGACGUUUUACUUGUGGGAAAAUGUUGACCUACCUCCAGUUUGUGCUUCUGGCACUCACAGUUUCGAGCUCAAACGCCACACCCUGAUUAGUUUUUCGCAUGUCCACCGUUCCUGGGUUUAUUUUUAGAAAGACUACAGAGAAAAUAAGGUUUAAGUGACAUUUAUGAAAGUUUUAAUGCAAUUUAAAUGAUAUUUUUUCUGCAGAUGUGUUGCUCAAAGUAAAUGUAAAAGUGAUUUUGCAUCAUUUAGAUGGAACAAAUGACCAAACUGACACAUUUUCACAUAUUGACCCCUUUUGUGGGGGAUAUCUGGACACACAACUUUGAUCCAUUCAUUUUAAAAUAACACCCAGGACUGUGACUUAAAGGGAUAUUCUGGCUUAAAAUUAAUUUAGGGUCAAACACACCGUAACACCGAGAUAGACACCUCGUUGAGAGAUGAAUUUUGCUGACCGCUUGCUUCUCUAGUUAAACCAACUUUAGUCACAACCGCAGAUAGCAAUACACAGAGCCACGCGCUCAACCAGAAAGUCACUCUGUAGCCACAAAUAAUGAUCACAACAGCACCUAACUUCAUCAACAGUACAUAUAGGAUCCCAGACAUAGUACUAGCCACCAAACAUCUUUGGUUUCUUUAGCAAAGAGACCAAACACAACUCACCAUGUCUCUUCCAGCAGCCGCUUGUUUGUACGGAGACUUCUGGGCGAGUCCAUCAACUACAGCGGGGUGACACAGCUCAAGGAAGAACAUUUAUGAUCAUUACUUUAUCAUUUCCUUGAAGUAAUAAUCACCAUAUUAAUCAUUUUGCACUGCAGACACAGUAGUUUUUCCUGCCUUAGCGUCUCGGUCUGACUGCAUUUCCAUGAGGAAAUGAUCAUAAAUGAUGGUGUGUUUGACCCUAACUUAAUUUUACGCCGGAAUAUCCCUUUGAGGGCAGAAUUUAAGAAAGGAAAAAAGACUAAUCUCCUUUAAAAUCCAAACAAGACACAACAUCUCUACCUGUAACAUCCUUAUUCUCACAAGGACAGGGUUUUGUACGCCUUUAAGCUCUUAGUGAAGAGGAAACAAAGUGAACAAAGGUAGAGCUGAAGUAGACAUGCCAGGUGUUGAAUGUCAUUUAGUUCUUGCUAGUGAAUCUCUUCUCCAAGUCAAGGCUGUGGUUAUUGUUCAUACUGAGAGAAUGAUUCAGUCCUUUUAAAGGCUUCAAAAGGAUAUAAAGUGGUUUGAAUUACACAAGAACACACAAGUGCUUUAAAUCAGGUGAGAAACUGAAACCAUUCCUCCUCUUAUAAGAGUAAAAUGAUAAAUUACACAAACAUGCUCAUACCUGUUAAACAUUGUCCCACAUUAACACUCGACAACAGUUUUCACAUCUCUUUAUCAUAUAAAAUUGAAGCCUGACUUCUCUUCCUCCCCAGUAACCGGGUGUUUACAGAAGGAACCUGCAAGCUCCUGAAACUGGUCAUUUCUGACCUGGUGGACGAGGACUUUGUCGUCAACAAGCGUCAACAGGCGGCCUCUGCGCUUCUCUUCGGGAUGGUCGCCCUGGUGACCAAACCUGGCCAGACUUUCGCCCCACUCAUCGGCACCUGGCUGCUGUGUGCUUACACAGGUACGAAUAGAGACACUCAAGAGAUUCAUUCAAUGUACUUCUCAUCAUGUAGUACUCAGUGUUUACAGCAUAGUUGCUUCUCUGUUCUGGAAAAUCCAGAUUCCUGCUCUAUCUUGGAUCAGGUUUUGCGUAGUUGGCACAUUUUGAAAGGACUGAAGAUCACAAAAGUCAAACCGAACAAACCAGAUCCUCAAGCGUCUUCAUUUGGCAUUACUUAAGUUUGCCGCUGCAGGUCCAAAGUAAAGUAGUAGUUGUGCAAUCUCAGCUGUUUACUGUGUGAGGUGGCACAGUAAACAUCCUCUUUUCCCAGCAAUGUCAAAGUCUUAUUUGCAUAAAAGUGUUUUAGUUAUGUUUGAGAAGUCCUUUUGACUAGCCAGUUUUAUAUUUAGAGAAAAGGUGUGUCACAGGAGUGUCACAGCCACAAAAAAUGCAGAAUGGCAGCUACUCAUUGUUAAAAAGGAGUUCACUGAAAAAUGUGUGUUCCCUCGUCUCCAGGUUACGAUAUUUUCGAGAGGGAACCCGUGAAGGACUCUCUGGUUUCUGUGCCUGAUAUCGCCUCCGGCUCAGGGACCCCGCCUCUACGCCUGGGCUGCUUCUACAUGUUGGUGUUCGUGCCUAUCACCUGUGCCCUGCUCCAGCUGGCCGCCUGGUCCCGCUUCACACUGCACGGCCGCAAGCUGCAGGGGAUCAAGACCCUGAGGCAAGGGGCCCAGCACGGCCACCUUAUCGAUGUCAAGGCCAUAUGAGCAGAACGGAGCGGUCUGAAGCUGCACAAAGACACUUUUUGAACUCUAACUUUUACAAUCCUGAUGAAAACGUGGGAGGAGGAAAAAGAAGCAGAGGACUGAUCUGAUGUCUUACUGCUCAGCCUUGUGUGCCAGAAUAUGAACCAGUGGACAGUAUAUGUGGCUUUAUGGACAGAGAAGAAUGCACUAUAAGCUCACAAAUCUCACUGGGAAGAAUAUUGAACCUGCCUUAUUUUUAUAUUUAAAUAUGACCAUAUAUUUAUAUUUGAACAGAUGACCAAAAGAUAAAGCAGAACAAAUCAGUCCUUUUUUUCGGUGUUGAUGGACCAAGAUGAUAACUCUUCAUGAUGUGCCCUCUUUUCAGCUGUUUGUAAAGGUGUCAUGGUCUAUAGUGCGGUCUUAAUGCUCUCACUGCUUGAUGAAUCUUCAGGAAUGUUAGUGUGAUAUAAAGAACAACCGAGGCUGCGGGUCUGUUUUCUAAUGUUUGCUAACAAGAUCAAGAAAAUUAGUAACUCUGCGUUAGAGGGGCCGGUGGUAACUGCAUGAAACCUGCACCUCAGAAGUGAACAAAGACUUAGUGUUUCUCUACAUUUACACAGAACACCCUGCCAGUUUGUUGUUCAAAAGUGUAUUUUCUGAUAUGUCCAGUAUUGAUAAUGAUGUUUUUUGCACAAAACUGCCAUUUGUCUCUUGAACUUCUAACAUUCUGAUUGCGACACAACUUUAUGUACUGUGAUCAUGAACGUUUUAAUAAGAAAAUCAGGCUGGUAAGCACAUUAUCAGCAUUUUUUUGUAAUUUUGCAGAUUAUAUUACAAAUGUGUGGCUCUACCACAAAUAAAUCUCAUCUGUGUUGAACCAA